CCGUCGGGGCAGCCCCGCUCCGGUCAUGGUGCUGGGCCGCGGGCUGCUGGGCUGCCGGAGCCUCGCCGCGCUGGGAGCCGCCUGCGCCGGCCGCCGCCUGGGUCCAGCCCUGCUGGGAAUCGUCCUUCAUCACACAGAUCUGAGGAAGAGUUUGACUGUGGACCAGGGGACAAUGAAGGUCGAGCUGCUGCCUGCCCUGACCGACAACUACAUGUACCUGGUCAUUGACGAGGACACCAAGGAGGCUGCCAUCGUGGAUCCGGUGCAGCCCCAGAAGGUCGUGGACACGGUGAGGAAGCACGGUGUGAAGCUGACCACGGUGCUCACCACCCACCACCACUGGGACCAUGCUGGUGGCAACGAGAAACUGGUCAAGCUGGAGCCAGGACUGAAAGUGUACGGCGGUGACGACCGCAUCGGGGCCCUGACCCACAAGGUCACGCACCUGUCCACGCUGCAGGUGGGGUCCCUCACCGUCAAGUGCCUGGCGACACCGUGCCACACUUCAGGGCACAUCUGCUACUUUGUGAGCAAGCCUGGUGGCUCCGAGCCCCCUGCCGUGUUCACAGGGGACACCUUGUUUGUGGCCGGCUGUGGGAAGUUCUACGAGGGGACGGCGGAUGAGAUGUACAAAGCUCUGCUGGAGGUCCUGGGCCGGCUCCCUCCGGACACGAAAGUCUACUGUGGCCACGAGUACACCAUCAACAACCUCAAGUUCGCGCGCCACGUGGAGCCCAACAACACGGCCGUUCAAGAGAAGCUGGCCUGGGCCAAGGAGAAGGACGGGAUCGGGGAGCCCACGGUGCCGUCCACGCUGGCGGAGGAGUUCACCUACAACCCCUUCAUGCGAGUGAGGGAGAAGACCGUGCAGCAGCACGCGGGCGAGACGGACCCGGUGACCACCAUGCGGGCCAUCCGCAGGGAGAAGGACCAGUUCAAGGUGCCCCGGGACUGAGGGGCCGUGGGGCCUGUGGUCACAGCUGCCUUCAAAGGUGUUUGGGGAUUACGAGGUUUUAGGUAAUUGACUUUCCUACUAGUCUGCUGGAGAUGCAGUCUUGGUUUAAUUUUAAAUUGAUUUCACAGCGCUCUGCUUGUGUUAUCAAAUGUUCUGAUGCAUAAUUUAUAAGAGAAGCUUAAAAAGUAUUUAUUCCCAUACCCACCA